CCCCUGGAGGAGAAGCCGAGGAAAAACCGCACAAUCCAGCUCUGUCAGUGGAGCUGCAGCCUGCACGGGGGAAGUGCCGGCAACACACAAAAAACAACAACUCAUUAAUGGUUUUUAGCACAUUUUGCCAGGAGUUUGGUGCCGGCAGUCGCCAUCAGCUCAGAGAUCCUGAGGAAAUCACCAAGAUAAAUGCAGGCGACACUUUGUGACUUAAGAUUGGUGUAAAUAUAUUCUUCCCCGCCGCCACAAGGAUGGAUGGAUUUUAUGAUCAGCAAGUGCCUUACCUGGUUCCCAAUAAUCAAAGUGGGACAAUCUGCAAUGAGAGAACCACGAAUAGCAGGAAAAGAAAGUUUUUAAAUAGAGACCUGGCUCAUGACUCAGAAGAGCUUUUUCAAGAUCUGAGUCAGUUGCAGGAGACGUGGCUUGCAGAAGCUCAGGUGCCGGACAACGAUGAGCAGUUUGUUCCUGACUACCAGGCUGAUAACGUGGCUUUUCACGGUGUCCCUUUAAAAAUUAAAAAAGAACCCCACAGCCCUUGCUCUGACUUGAACACCGCAUGCAGUCAGGAACAGCCUUUUAAGUUCAGCUAUGGAGAAAAGUGCCUGUACAAUGUCAGUGCCUAUGAUCAGAAACCACAAGUUGGAAUGAGGCCCUCUAACCCCCCAACCCCUUCAAGCACUCCAGUGUCCCCACUACAUCAUGCAUCACCGAACACAGCACAGAACCCUAAAGCAGAACGUCUCUUUCCUACACAUCUUCCGCCAUCCCAGCCGAUCCCAGACAGCACCUACACAAUGGACCACAGGUUCCGUCGGCAACUCUCAGAACCUUGCAAUUCGUUUCCUCCGCUUCCUACAUUGCCAAGGGAAGGCCGACCUGUCUACCAACGGCAAAUGUCCGAGCCAAGCAUCCAGUUCCCUCCUCAAGGAUUUAAACAAGAAUAUCACGACCCGGUGUAUGAACACAGCACUAUGGUGGGCAAUGCCCCCAACCAGAACUUCCCUCCACCUCUUAUGAUUAAGCAGGAACCUAGAGAUUUUGCUUAUGACUCAGAAGUGCCUAGCUGCCAUUCCAUUUUCAUGAGGCAAGAAGCUUUCCUGGCACAUCCCAAUGGGACAGAAGGCUGUAUGUUCGAGAAGGGUCCUCGACAGUUUUAUGAUGACACAUGCGUGGUCCCGGAGAAAUUUGAUGCUGAUAUUAAACAAGAGCCUGGACUGUACCGGGAAGGACCUACCUACCAGAGAAGAGGGUCACUCCAGUUAUGGCAGUUCCUUGUUGCAUUACUUGACGAUCCGGCCAAUUCCCAUUUUAUUGCCUGGACAGGUCGGGGGAUGGAGUUCAAGCUCAUCGAGCCCGAGGAGGUGGCACGGCGAUGGGGUAUACAGAAGAACCGACCCGCCAUGAACUACGACAAGCUCAGUCGUUCACUGCGCUAUUAUUACGAGAAGGGAAUUAUGCAAAAGGUCGCCGGAGAGAGAUACGUGUACAAAUUCGUCUGCGACCCCGAAGCGCUCUUCUCUAUGGCCUUCCCAGACAAUCAACGGCCGCUGUUGAAAACGGACAUGGAGCGACACAUUAACGAAGAAGACACAGUACCGCUGUCGCAUUUUGACGAAAACAUCCCUUACAUGGCAGACGGAGGCUACUGCAACAGUCACCCAUACAAUGAAGGAUACGUUUACUAACGAAAAACAAAAACAAAAAAGACAUUUCUAAGACGACUAUCAUUUCACUUUUCUUCGAAAGACCCAAGAAAAGCAAAAUAUACAAUUUUUUUUUAUAAAUAUAUAAAUAUAUAUAUUUAGUAGAUCAUAAAUGGGCUUUUCCUGUUGCAUAUCUCCGAAUGGUCUGCCAUGGACAAAGCACUUUACUUGAGGGACAGGAGGAAUAAAACGGAUACUAUGUAUGUAACAGGACGAUAACAGAUGGAUAUAUAAUAUUCAAUAAUGCUCGGGAAGGGAACUUAAAGCUCACGGUACUUCAUGAAUAAGUCAUAACUGUAUUUCCUUUCUUCAGUUUUAAGAUUUCACGAUAUAUUGUACAUUAUUUCUGGAUACACAGGGUACAGUUAAUUUGACUUCUGUAAAUGGCUAUAUAAAAAUUACGUUUUCUUUCUUUUAGAAAUUUUUUGUUUUUGACCUAAGUCGAUGCAAGCAUUAGCUGAUUUGUGGGUCAACUAACUCCGGUAUAUACAAUGAGUAUAGGUUAAAGGGGUUCUCCACCAUAAGGUGAUCUUAAUACUUACCUGCCAGACAGUAAUGGUCAUGUUUAGGGCGGAUCCCUGUUUGUCUUGAGGCUCAAUGGCUGUGCUGUGAGUCCACCGUAACGCUGCUGCUUUCAUUUUGUAAAAUUGCCAAUUUCCUGUUGGAGUUCCCUCCCACCAACUACAAGUCCCAGGAUCCCUUGUUUGUAAGUGUGAGGUCACAGGAGAAUAAAAAAAUAAAUAAAAAAAAUCCUGAAAUACCUUUUUAACUUUCCCUGGACAACCUGGAUAUGUGUGGGAUAUUCAGAAAGGUAUGAAUAUAUCGGGUGAGAAUUGAUGCUCCCCUUCAUAGAAUAGACUCUUCUCUUCGUAGGAGGGUACUUCGUGGCUGAGCAUCAAGAACAUGCUCGAUAGAUGUUCAAACUCCAUUUUCCCAUACCCAAGCCCAUGAUUGGAUGGAUGGCAGAAUAAGUGUUUAUUAAAAAGUUGGACUCCAUUUUGAACUCCCGUUUCUGGGGCAAAGUUUUCCAAAAUGAAGUGUUCUCUCCAACGCUAUUGGGCUUGGAGCAGAAUUCAGUGCUACUGUGCUUUGGUUGGUGCGGAUCUUUUAAAGAAACCACCAAAAUCAAAGCUAGUGGUUAGUUUACAAGACCAAGGUAUGGCACUCAUAACCAUUUGGCACAGUAUUGACUUGGCAGCUCUUGAGGUCAUUGUACUGUGUCCUAGACUUUUGGCUGAAUAUUUAUAGUUUUGUUUGACAAAAGGGGUAAUGUUUCUCCUUAAAGGGGCACUUCACUGGCCAGUGUUCGGAACAUUUAGUUCCGAACACUGUGUGCGCGCUGCCGGAAUUAACCACUCCCCCUCGUGAUGUCAGCCCAUGCUCCUCAAUGCAAGUCUAUGGGAGGGGGCGUGGCGACCGCCACGCCCCCUCCCAUAGACUUGCAUUGAGGGGCGUGGCCAGUGUGCCAUAAAGAAAUGUGGCGACUGUGGAGUGUGAAUGUCCUAUAAGUCUCCACAUGUCUUUAUGACACUCUCCUCAAGGAGAAACAUUACACCUUUUGUCCCACUACAACGUGCCUCUCGAGUUUCCUUCUGGAGAGAUCUCUGGCUUGGCAUACAUUCCCAGUCAAGUUCCAAGACUCCUAGUUGGAGUAAAACACAGUCUUUAAGGGAAAGCCACUUGGAAACAUUGGAGUGAGAGUUCCUUUGCAUGUACUUUCUGUCUAUAGUUUUGGUUGUAAUGCCUGAAGACCAUGGAUCACAAGUUGUCAAUAUUGAUAGAUCUUAUCAUCUGGCACAGUGAGUCUUAGUCAUGUAAGCAGGUCUUACUCUCUGAUAAGAAGUAUAACUUAAAGGGGUACUCCGCCGCUAGACAUCUUAUCCCCUAUCCAAAGGAUAGGGGAUAAGAUGUAUGAUCGCAAUCUCCCUGCUGCACCCGGCAUUCAUUUAGAGCAUCAGGGGUACCACCGGAGGCUCGUGACUUCACAGCCAUGCCCCCUCAAUGCAAGUCUAUGGGAGGGGGCAUGACGGCCGUCACACCCCCUCCCAUAGAUUUACAUUGAGGGGGCGUGGCCAUGACGUCAAGAGUGCCCGUUACGUGGCGUCACGAGCCUCUGCCCUGCAUCGCCAGUCAUUCAGCAUGGAAUGCUCCAUGCACCAGAUGUCUGGGGUGCCGCAGCCGAAAUCGCAGCAGUCCCCAGUGGUGGGACCUCCGCGAUCAGACAUCUUAUCCCCUAUGCUUUGGAUAGGGGUAGAGAUUACCUUUAAGGCUCAUGGGCUCCAAUGCAGACAGGGUCUCUUAGAUACCAUGUGCUGUUUAUAAUACUGGUGUUGUCCUAAGUGCAAGAGAGGCCUUCAGACAGCAGGGGUGUAACUGCUAACUUUACACCACCUUUAGUCCCGCCCAUGCUUAAAGCUCAUCUGUCACCUAAACUGACCCCUGUAAUGUAGCCCCAUAAGCACAUACUCCUUACUAUGCUAUGUCCUAACAACCCUUUAUGUUAUAUUUUGGUGACUGAAAAGAAGCAGAAGAGGACUUUGUAAUUCCGUCAUCAGUGUCCUGGAGGCGGUCCAGCGGGUCUAGAGCUGUACCGAUCAGAUACACCUCCCCCCUAGAUGUCACUGGCUUUUGAUUGGCACACAGGGCUACAGCCUCGGCUGUAGCCCCGUGUAUGAAGUCUGCGCAUGCGUCAGUACUGUGGUUCUUGACUCACGCUCAGUGAAUCUUUGACCCCUGUUGGUGGGGUUUGGAGGAUGUUACUAGAAUGAGCUCUCUAUUUCUAGUGACUGUGAAUGGCGGGCCGGCUGACGGGUCAAAUAGGAAACCACAGUAUUUGCACACACACAGGGCUGCUGCCAGCCACCUAGCCUUGUGUGUCAAUCAAAAGCUGUGAUGUCUGGGAAAGAGGCUCCUGACACGUUGGCCCCCCCUCCAGGACACUGAUAUUGAAUUCCUUUUAUUUAUUUUUUUGCUUAUUUUUAGCCAUCACAAUAAAAACAAAAUGGUAUAUUAGGACAUAUCACAGUAUGGAGUAUGUGCUUAAAGGGGUACUCAGCCCCUAGGCAUCUUCUACCUUCAUACAUAUUGGAUAAUUGGCCAAUUAUUAUUUUUGGUGUAUGGCCAUCUUAAAGGGGUACUCAGUUGGAAAACAUCUUAUCCCCUAUCCAAAGGAUAGGGGAUAAGAUGUCUGAUCACAGGGGACCCCCGCGUUCUCCAGUGCACGGAGCGAAGUUCGCGACGUCACGGCCAUGCCCCCACAAUGCAGGUCUAUGGGAGGGGGCGUGAUGUCACGAGCGGGCACGGCCAUGACGUCACGAGCCUCUGACGCUCUAAACGAACAUCGGGUGCAACACGGAGAUGGUGGGGGUCCCCUUUAGAUAGGGGAUAAGAUGUCUAUGGGCAGAGUACCCCUUUUAAAGGGGUAUUUCGGGCAAAAAUAUUUUAUGCCCUAUCCAAAGGAUAGGGAAUAAAAUGUCUGAUCUCCCUGCAGAACCCGGAUUCUAUGCGGGGCUGUGUCUCCGGUUUCGGAAACCUCCGGAUUUCCGGGACUGGGGAUGUGACGUCAAGCUAACUCCCCCUCCAUUCAUGUUUAUGGGAGGGGGCGUGACGGACGUCACGCCCCCUCCCAUAGACAUGAAUGGAGGGGGCGUCGUGUGACGUCACGUCCCCAGUCCCGGAAACCCGGAGGUUUCCGAAACUGGAGAAGCAGCUCGUGGGUCCCAGCGAUCAGACAUCUUAUCCCCCUAUCCUUUGGAUAGGGGAUAAAAUGCUUUUUGCCCGGAAUACCCCUUUAAGGGGCUACGUUACACGGCUCAGUUUAGAUGACAGAUGCCCUUUAAGUUACAUUGUACAGAAUUAGUAAAAUCAAAGUCUGGCUCCACCCAACAACUUUACCCGGAGCUCCUCUUAUCCUACUUUUUGAUGGACCACUUGUGAUGGACGUUGGAACGGCCUUCUACUUGUCUACUGGAAGUCAAUGGCUCUGGAUUAAAAUGGUGCAAGUUUUACAAAUUUUAUGAGGUUUUGUUAAUACAAAUCAAUUUAUAAAAUAUAGUGGAUAUUAUAAUGGCUAAAAGAAAAUUAUAUAUAUAUAUAAAUGACCUACGAAUAAGCUAUUUAAUAGGAAUUAACUGUACUCUAUGUAACGCAUUGUUAUGCUGUUUGGCUGCAGAAAAAAAAAGCACUCUUUGGACAAAAACAAAAAAAAAAAAGACAAAAACAAACAAAAAAAAAAUUAUCAAAAUUAACCAAUACACUAAAUAGGUACUUUAGUAAUUUUUAGACAUGGUACCCAUUAAUAUGCAUUUAUGCCUUUUACUGCUGUGUUCUGUUCAUAACAUGUAUAAAUACUAGAAAAAAAAAACAACCUUGCUUCUGCUGCUGUAUAUUUUCUGUACUAUUCUCUUUAACGCUAAAUUUACUCUCCCGUCAUCCUCCGCAUCGCUGUAGCUACAGGUUGCAUUUCAGGACACAAAUAGAUGAUUUUUGAGUCAUUUAUUGCUUAGAGUCAGCUUUUGCGCACUAACAAAUGACUGGUAAGCGUCCGCUCGCUGUGGGAGGCUCAGCCGGAACUUUUUGUAACGUGGGAUCUGGGACUUUUGCUUCUUAAUGGACUUUCGGGACUCGAGUUGGAAACCGAUGGAUCGACCGGGUCUACCGCCGCUUACCUAGGGGGGGGGGGGGCUCUAUGUAAAUGAACAGAGAAAUCAGAUUGGGAGAAAUUUCUAAGGUUACAUUUCUGACAUUUUUGUUUUAUUUUUAAGAAGACCUGUACAGAAAGAAUAUGUAUUGAAAAUUUAUUGGAAACUUAUUGGUUUUUGUGUGCGUGUGUUUUCUUGUUUUUUUAUUUUCUUUAUUUUAAUUUUAUUUUUUCUGGAUAAACAAAAAAAAUCACAAUUUAUGGAUUUUCUAACACUUUUCCUUAAUUUUAUUUAAUUUAAAAAAAAAAAAAAUUUUUGACAAAAAUAUCUCCAUUGUCUUAGCGGAAUGCAAAACUACAGACCGCGCAAAGGCUAAUUCUGAUGUAUUUGCGCUCAUAGAAAUUUUUAACCUGCACGUCGACCAAUCCUAUGCAGGAUGUGUGCGAGAUUUACUAAACACGUUGUUAUUCGAUUAAAAAAUAAUGUAUACAACA